ACAGUCUCGACUGAUCUUUCCAGUGAAUCGCACCGAGUUCACUGGCUCACGGGCUUCUCUUGUCGUGAAGAGAAAAUCUUUGUAGAGAAAACAAAAUCUGUGUAAUUAAAUUCUAAACAACUCUGGAUAUUAAAAUUACAUAACGAGUCCCCCCACGAAGCGCAGAAAACAGUGAGAUCGUCAGCUUUUCUCAGUGUCAUUUGUGUGUAAAUCAGCGAUCUUGGCAGAUCACGCGAGUGGAGUGAAAUUCUAUACUGCGGUGUGCCUGGAAUACAAUGGGAAAGACAGUGAGACGAGAAGUGUUAAAUGUGGCUUCCUAAUCUAACCAUUGUCCAAUGUGCAGAAAAAAACUUAUCACCAGCAAAUUAAUCACAAAACCUUCCUAUUAUUGCCUCGUGUUAUCGCCACCAACUUACGCUGCGCCUCUUCUGCGUCUGUGAUCGAUAAUCACCCCCGAAAAUGUACAGUCAAUGAGUUUCACUCGACCACACAACAUCGAUGACGAGUGAUUGCGCCGAGGAUCAGCCCAGGAAUCCAUCGCCAAGUCACCAUCCAAGUGGUCAUUAGUUCAGCACUUAUGUUCUGAUCAUACGUGUGAGUGAAGAGUGGAAAAAAGCGAGACUUGAAGGUGAAAAUGGCUUGUGGACUUCGUUGCCUAAUGCUCUUCACGGGACUUUUUGCCUUGAUUCAGGCAAUUGGUUUCCUGAUAAUGGGCAUCUAUGGCAUUCUGGCGCACCAAUGCGACGUUCAAAUGGACACCUCCCAACUCAGUUACCUAAUCUACCUCGCAUACUUUCGGCAUGCACAGUGCGGGGAAGUGAACUGGUCACUCCUGGGAAUCGACAUUCCGCCAGGAGUGCAGGUGAUAAUGCCUGAUGUGUCCGACGUCGCCGUCAGGAUGCAGAUCUUCAUCAAGAUCUACAUCGUCUUGAGCUGUGUGUGGAUCCUCACAUCCAUCAUGUUUAUAGCUGCCACGAGCUCAUCCAGCUUCAGCAGAUCAUUCCUGCGAUUCUUCUGCGUCGCCUUUGCCAUCACCUGCCUUCUCAAUUUUGUCUUUGAUCUCAUCUCCACGGGCUUUCAUAUAUACGACAUCACAUGGACAACGACACUUAUGAACUUCCUGGAGUUCAUUCAAGUGGAAAACAGAGAUCAGCUGCUGCCGUAUCUGCAAGAUGUCUCCAUUGUGGCACUCCCCAUUCCAUCCGUCAUCAUGGCCGUGGUCUCAUCUCGUGGCGUUAUAAUUGCCAUAAUUAACUUCACCGGAAUGAUCAUUGUCUUCAUGUCCAUGAAGAAGCUGGAAGAGCACCUAGAGAAGAAGUCCCCCAAAGUUCUCAGAGCGCCAGACUUUGGGUAUGACAGACAAUAUCCACCGUCAGAGAUGGUUCAGCGGAGAACGGCUGACCACAUCUCUCAGCAUCCGCCACAACAACAGCCUCAAUCCGUUCAGAAGUAUGUCGCUCCGGUCCAGACUCGCAGCAGAUACGAGGACGCCAAUCCACAUCCUUAUCAGUACGAUAAUCACACCUAUCAGGCAGAGCCAGUCUCAGCGCUGAAACCACAACCGAUCGUCACGACUGAGAGAAGAUUCUUGGAACCCUUGAAAGGCGGUGAGUCUGAGGAUUCAGCUUCCCACUCCAGAAGCACUGAGAUCAGUCCUGAGCAUUCUCGGGACUCUUCCUACGUGGGCUACGGGAGGAUUUCCAACGAUAGGAGACACCCAAGAGAAGAGGAACCACACAAUCCCGUGAUCAUGAGACACACCAAGCCUGUCGGCGGCUCCCUGAAUCGCGACGAGAAGCCACAGAUUAGGAAGACAUACUCAGACGCCACCAGAUUCUCCCAACAAGCACCGCCCGAGGAGCUACGUAGUCAGCUGCCUUGGUCAUACUUCCAAAGUCGCCACGAGGUGAAGCGGCCCAAGAAGAUCCCGGAACAGAGCAAUGACGAGAUUCCGCCACCAGUUCCUGUGCCGGACUACACACUGCACUUCCCUAGGAAGGGACGACCGGGUCCUCCGCCACCGCCCAAGCCAACCAAAGAGAGCAUUGAACGAUGGAGUGGACCUGAGGUUCAUUACUGAGGUAAAAUCAUUCGAGAAAGCCCCACUUCUGCCAAAAAUACGGCCAAAGCCGAAGAAGGAGAAAUCAAUAAAUAUUUUGUGUGAUAAGAAA